AUGGCGAUGGUCACGGCUGACGCCUCCGCCGCCGCCGACGCCGCCACCAAGCAGCCAGAAGCCGACAAGGAUUACAGCUCCUACAACGGCGCCUCCACCGCGGGUGUGGGCGGAGGGGCCCGCCGCGGCGGCGGCGGCGGCGUUGUGGAAUCUGUGGUGGCGCGGUGGAAGCGGGAGGACAUGCUCGACAAGUGCCCCCUCGCGCUGCACGCCGCCGCUGCCGCCUUCGCCUUCGUCGCGCUCGUGCUCGUCGCCUCCAACCAGCACGGCGACUGGAUGCAGUUCGACCGCUACCAGGAGUACAUGUACCUGCUCGCGAUCGCGGCGCUGGCCUUCGCCUACUCGCUCGCGCAGGCGCUGCGGCACGCGCACCGGAUGCGCGGCGGCGCCGACCCCAUCUCCGCGCCGUCCGCGAGGCUUUUCGAUUUCAUUGCUGACCAGGCGAGUUGCUUCGACCUGUUAGUUUGCAGCUGUUAUCAUCAUUUCUACUUGUUAUCUGAUAAGAGUUCAUGUGGUUUGAAUCUCUCAAUUGGACCAAUGUGUGCUGCUCAGGGAGGGGAAAGCAGGGAACCGUAUAUAAUAUUAAGAGAUAAGAGAUCUCAGCAGAUAAAGUGUGGCCGAAAUUUACCAUGUUAA